AUAGUGUAAAGAUACUUUGACAGUAGAGAUUUGCCGGCUGCUUGUAAAAUAUUUAAUUGUUGCUCAAUUUCUCAAGAAAAUCGCCGUGAAAUGUCUGCAGAACCGGCCGCUGAGUCAAUCCUUAUCAUCUCCGAUGAUAGUGAACCAGACGAGUCCAAGGAUAGCGAUGCCUCCGCGCCCACUGUGGACUCAAUGGGGCGCACGCGACUGUCGAAGACACAGCAGAGUGUGACGCAGCGCAGCAACAUGUCCAGGAAGAGCACAGCCAAGAGUUCCGGACCGAGUGCAUCUGAUCUGGCGCAGGUGCGCAAUCAGCAGGCCAUGAAGCGCCUCCGGAGGCUGAUGGAGGACAACAAGUUCAUGAAGGACUUCAAUCCGGAGACGUCGAAGCGGGAGAAGAACAAGCUGAAGAAGAUCCCAAUGGAGACGACAAGCGCCACCAGUCGAUCGCACGACACGCGCGCCGCGCAGCUGAUCGAGAAUGGCCAGGAUUUGUGCGAUUGCCUGCGCCUCACGUGCUGCGGGUGUUUCUUCUCGUGCCCAAAGUGCGGCAGCCCCAAGUGUGGCCCCAAGUGUCGCAUCAUGAGGAAGUGGAUGUUCGAGAGUGUGGUUUUUGACGGCGCCGACGAGAGUCUGAGAAAUCCUCUGCUCUAUAAACCCAUGUAA